AGCAGAGGCCGUCUGACAAAGCUCCACCCUUCACCUGACUCACCUGAAACAAACUAGUAAAAGCUUCACUCAGAGACAAAAUGGCAGACCACAUUAAGGUCCAGGCCCAACGCACAGAGACGCAGAUUAAGGAGCAGUUUAAGAAGCUUCACCAGUUUCUAGAAGAGGAAGAGGAGGCCAGGCUGGCUGCACUGAAGGAGGAAGAGGAGCAGAAGAGUCAGGCUGCGAUGGAAAGAGUCCAGCAGCCACAGCUGCCCUCAGGAGCUCUGAUAGACGAGGCCAAACACUUGGGCAACCUGACCUUCAACAUCUGGAACAAGAUGAAGGACAUGGUCUCCUACACUCCUGUGAUUCUGGACCCAAACACUGCUCAUCCAGAACUCAUCCUGUCUGAAGAUCUGACCUGUGUGGGCAAAGUAAAGGAAGAGCUUCCUGAUAAUCCAGAGCGGUUUGAUAAAUGCUGGUCUGUUCUGGGCUCUGAGGGCUUUAACUCAGGGACUCACAGCUGGGAUGUCAAGGUUGGAGACAGUACAGGCUGGAGACUGGGUGUGUUAGCAGAGUCUGUCCAGAGGAAGGGAGUCAUACAGUCUGGAUUAUGGAGAAUAAAGUUAUUUGGAGGUGAUAAACCACUGAUCUCGUAGUUCAGAAGAAGGUCCAGAGGAUCAGAGUGAAUCUGGACUGGAACAGAGGAAAGCUGUCGUUCUCUGAUCCUGAUACUAACACACACAUACACACCUUCACACACACUUUCACUGAGAGGAUGUUUCCAUAUAUUUGGACUGUGGAUAAGGUCCCAGUGAAGAUAUUACCAGUGAAGGUCAGUGCAGCAGUGAAACAGAGCAGUUAGAGAUAAAGAGAAUGAUUAUGAAUUGAAACUGUUAAACUGAACCUGCUGCUUGUUAUUGAUUCUGUUAUUCAGUUUGACUUUGGCUUUUUGUUUCUAUUGUCGACCUUUUUUACAUGUAAACUUAUUUCAUUUAGUUUCUGAUCUUUAUGUUUGGUUCAUUGAGGGCAGUCAGCUUCCACAAAGUGGUUGCUGCUCUUAAUGACUUAACACCAUUCGCUUCCAGCUUGCAGGAAUGAUUCCUAUAACCCAGAAAUGAGUUCCAGUUCCCUCUUCUCAAAGUCAGUGGAUUUUGGUUUGAUUCUUGAAACAAGGUCUCUGGCGGUUAACUAGGAUUGUAAUAGUAUAUCAUAAGACAGUUAAAACCCAAUACAAAUAUGUGAAGACUCAAAUCAGUGAGAUGAAAAGAGAAUCGCUAUAUACUCAAUCUUUAUUCAGUCAUUAUUUGUCUCAUUUUGGGCUCCUGGGCACAAGACUUGUCAGAUGACUAGUGGAGUGACUACAUGUGGUGGAUUCCUCAUCCAUGUGGUUAUCAGACACUACUGCAGUGCAAGAUGCUUCACAAAGCACAUUCACCAGCGCUAAAUAUUUAAUAUCAGGAUAUUUUCUGAUAGAAGCGACACCUGUAACAAAUCUCCAGCUUACCAUUUAUAUAUGUGGUGGAUAUUCCCACAGCUGACAGACUUUUGGUCCAGAAUAUCUUGGUUGUUCUACUACAAACGAUUUAUAUCUUCUAUAUGUUUAAUCAAACUGCCAAAAAAACAAUAAAAACAUUUCUUUAAAAAAAUUUACUGUGCCAACUUUGAUAAUGGUAAACAUUUACAUCUCAAGUGGACAUGUUUGAUGACUGUUAAUGUCUCCUUCUAUAUUUGAAUAAAGGCAUUUAUGCAACAUUGUGACAUGUUGCAUAUUUCCUGUAUGGGGUCUUAAUAUAUGCUGUGGGAAUUUGCCCUUUGUGGUCUGGUCUUAGUAAGUACAUGUUUCCUUGUGGUUCAGAUCUUAGGUCAUGUUCUCUGUGUUGAAAUGACGAAGCAUUUUAGCAACAUCUACAGAUGACCUAAAGAGAAGGAUGACAGAAAACACAAUAAAAUGUUUGUGAGAGACACAGUAGGAGAAAUAGAAAGAAGGAAAUAUGUAUGCCCUUAAGACAGUGGAAAAUGUAGACAUGAGGGUGUCUUACAAUACUAAUAUGGAUCAGUAAUGAGAAUUAACCUUUAUAUAUUUAUCUCUAGACUGGAGCAGGAGCCUCAGUGUUAAUUUAAGCUUCUCUGGUUGAAUAAUGUCACUUUUGUGUUUUGCUUUUGUCUUAAAAAAAUAGCUCUUUGGUGUACAGCUUUAAAAAAAAAAAUCACAUUUGUCUGUGGCCUGGUUUUAUUUGAGCAGUACUCGUACCGCGCAGCAUGUGCACGUGUCUGUGUGCGUAGGAUACUGUGAGAUCAUGGGAACUGGUGUUGAUCAUGUGAGCUCGUCACAUGAUCAAAGGACCUUUUUCCGAUUUUCUUUAUUCAUUUUUUGUUUUAUUUAUUUAUUUGAAGUUUAACCCCUCAUUUAUUUCAUAUAUACUUCUGUUAUUUGUUAUUAGAUGUACAUAUUACUUUAUUUGUAAUGGUUUAAGUUGUUGUGUCACCUUUCUUAAGGAAACAACAAAAAGUAUGAUUGAAAAAAGAAGUACUCUCACCUUGGGGUUACUCAUGCACCAGAAGUAUGUGGAAAGA